AGGGAGAGAGCAGGGAAGGUUAUUGAUCUUCCAGGAUUUUAUCAGCAGUGUCUCCAGGUUUAGCUGCUGUAUCCCUGCCAUUGCAUGUUUUCUGGCAUCCUCCCGUUAUGUCCUUGUCGUAUGUGUAGCUGCUAUCAUACAGAACAAACUGUGACUUCAUCAAGACGACUCUUCCCUAAAUGCCCUUCAGCAUCAGCUGCAGUUCCUGCUGAGAGCACACAUGGACUAAAAGAGGAGGAGACUGCUAGAGAGAGAGAAAAAAAUGAGACACUAGGGAAAGGGGGGCGAGUUUUUCCUUGCAUGGUGCAGAGUUGAUACUGGAAGGACAGUCAAACUGCAGGAUCUGCUCAAGACGAGAAGGCUAGAGCUCAAGAGUUUACCAGCUAAUCUUGCAUGUAAUAUUCAAAAUUAUCUGAGUGAAAGGAAUCAAAAGCCAUCAGUAUGGAUUUUGUUAUGAAGCAAGCCUUGGGAGGGGCUACAAAAGAUAUGGGUAAAAUGCUUGGGGGAGAUGAAGAAAAAGAUCCUGAUGCACAGAAGAAAAUGGAGGAACAACAAGAAGCUCUGCGCCAACAAGAAGAGGAAAGGAAAGCAAAAUACGCAAAGAUGGAGGCCGAAAGAGAAACCAUGAGACAAGGUAUUCGGGAUAAGUAUGGCAUAAAGAAGAAAGAAGAAAAGGAAGCCGAGGCACAAGCUGCAAUGGAGGCUACAUCUGAAGGGAGUUUGACCCGUCCAAAGAAGGCAAUACCUGCAGGCUGUGGGGAUGAAGAUGAUGAGGAAGAAGAAAGCAUUCUAGACACAGUUAUUAAAUAUCUACCGGGUCCACUUCAAGAUAUGUUCAAGAAGUAAAACACUGUAGACUGUCAGACUGUUUAACCAUAAACAGAAAAGCAAUGGAUUUCCCAUUGUCUGAUGGGAAAUUUCAGUAUUGCCACAUGCUACCCUCCCUCCCGUCUCUUAACCUUUGCUCACUAUAGUCCCUUCACUUUCUUUUCUCCUUUUCUUUGUAUAUAGUCACAUACAGUAGACACCUCUAAUGGAUGUCAAGGAUAUGAGCUGCAGUCUACACAAUUUUAUUAUAAGCCAUAGUACGAUGUAUGAUAAAUCUGGCAACUGUACACACAGAUCAAUGGAAAAAAGUAAUUCAUUUCAUCGUCAUUUUUCAUACUGAUGUUAAAGGAACAC